AACAAUAAUGGCUCCACCAGUUCAGCUGGAGCUGGUAGUUCCACCCAUGGCUGAUCCAGUAGCACAAAUGAACUACUUCUGUAGUUUUGUUGAUAUGAUUGAAAAUGAAACUGCAAAAGAUGAAAAUAAACUUAAGGCUGCACAAAUGCUUACUGAAAAUUUUGAAAUUAUUAUGAACUCGUCAGAAUAUCCUCAGUUUUUAAAACACUCAAUACCUAUAUUUUUAAAAAUAUUGGAGAAAACAGAGCCUCAAUUUAUAUCAGACCAUAAUAUUCAACAAGUUAGAAAGCACAUUCUGGAAAUGAUUCACCGUCUUCCAACUAAUGAACGAUUAAGAUCUUAUGUGCCUUUAAUAUUGUCACUUACGCUGAAAUUAUUAGAAAUUGAGAAUGAAGAAAAUGUCUUAGUUUGCUUAAGAAUUAUAAUUGAAUUACACAAACAAUAUAGGACCUCAUUAAAUGCUGAUAUUCAAAGGUUUAUGCAGUUUGUGAAAGGAGUGUAUAGUGAAUUACCAAGCCACUUAAAUAAAAUAUUUGAACCUAAACCACCAAUUAGAGUUAAAGAUAUAACUGAUCUCAAUCUAGAGCAGGUGUUAAGUUCUACAUACACUGUCACGUUAGUUCAUUGUGAGCAACGACCUCACACGGCAAAUUCUACAAAUCUUUAUCAAACUAUAAGUAUUUUACCAAAAGCUACAUUAUCCCUGAAAGUUCUGCAAGAACUUCCAAUAGUUAUGGUAUUUUUGUAUCAACUGAACAAACCAAAUGGUGAACUUGAUAUAACAGACUUUAUACCAUUAAUAAUGUCUACAAUCACUCUUCAGCCUUCACCGAGACAUAGAAGUUCGCCACAGUUUAACAGAGAAAUAUUUGUGGAUUUUAUGGGAGCCCAAAUUAAAGCAUUAUCUUUUUUGGCUUAUAUAAUUCGAUUAUACCAAGACAUAGUUGCCACUCAUUCUCAGUCAAUGGUGAAAGGAAUGUUAGGUUUACUUGCUUUAUGUCCUAAUGAAGUAGCACAUUUAAGAAGAGAACUACUAAUUGCAGCAAGACAUAUUUUAGCUACUGAUUUAAGAAGUAAUUUUGUUCAAUACAUGGAGCAGUUGUUUGAUGAAGACAUAUUGUUGGGUCGUGGUUAUACAACACAUGAAUCUCUACGCCCCUUGGCCUUUUCAACUUUAGCAGAUUUAGUUCAUCACAUUAGAACUAGUUUAUCAGCAAGAGAUUUAGCACGAGCAGUUAGGCUAUUUUCUAAAAAUGUUCAUGACUGCACACUACCAGUCACGAUUCAAACUAUGUCCUGUAAACUUUUGUUAAACAUGGUCGAUUGCAUCCGGGUUAAAGCAGAAGGAAAAGCAUCUCGUGAAUUACUUAUGAAAAUUUUAGAAGUUUUUGUGCUGAAAUUCAAAAUGAUAUCCAAAAUGCAAUUGUCUUUUAUUGUGAACAGAAAUCAAUUUCAACCCAGUGUUCCAGGCUUUGUUUCAUUACCGCAACUUCACAAUCCUACACAAUCAGGAUUAUCACAACAGGAUAAAAUUAAAGUUGAGCCUUCAGGCGGUGUUGAGUGUUCGAAUUCACCGCAAACAGAUUCCCAAACAUCGUCCGUGAGCGGCGUAGUAAAUUUGCCUGUUGAUGGUUCUAAUAACAUGACUUCUACUGAUAAGCCAUGUUUUGGAUUUCCACCAUCACAAGCCCAAAGCAUGAGUGCUCAAGAUUUCAGAAGUUUAGUUAAAACUUUAGUGUUUGGUGUUAAAACUAUUACAUGGGGAUGUGCUCCUCUAAAGCUUGGAACGAGUGAUAAUUCGACAGCCUACAGCAGUAUCCAAUUUACCCCAAGUGAAACUGAAGUCUUUAUAAAUCUUGUAAAAUGGGCUCUAAAAGCAUUGGAUUUAUAUACUUCCAGUAUUAAUUCGAUGGGUAUGCAAAACAAUGCUUCUAACUUACAUGCUGGUUCUCAGAAUACUGCUCAAAUGUUGCAACAGCAAAGACAAGUUCCAACAGCUGCAAGAAAUAAGGAAGAAAAGGAGGUUUUAGAGCAUUUUAGCGGUGUGUUUUUGAUGAUGCAUACUCGAACAUUUAGAGAAAUAUUUUCUGCAACUAUAGACUAUAUGGUUGAACAAAUUUAUUGUAAUCCUGCAUUGCAAGUUAUACCAAAGACAUUUUUAGCUAACUUAUCUACUUCGCCAAUAUUUGCUACAGUAUUAGUGGAAUAUCUUUUAGAGAGGAUGGAAGAAAUGGGUUCUAAUGUCGAAAGAUCUAAUUUAUAUCUGGGAUUAUUUAAACUUGUCUUUGGAAGUGUAACAUAUUUUCCACCAGAAAACGAGCAUAUGCUUCGCCCUCAUUUACACAGGAUUGUAAAUGCUUCUAUGGAUUUAGCUAUGACAGCAAAAGAACCAUAUAAUUAUUUUUUGCUGUUGCGAGCAUUAUUUCGUUCAAUUGGUGGAGGAAGUCAUGAGCUAUUAUAUAAAGAAUUUUUACCAUUACUGCCUAAUUUAUUAGAAGGAUUAAAUCGACUGCAAAGCGGUUUGCACAAACAACAUAUGAAAAUAUUAUUUGUAGAGUUAUGUUUGACAGUGCCUGUAAGAUUAAGCUCCUUGUUGCCUUACCUACCAAUGUUGAUGGACCCAUUGGUUUCGGCACUGAACGGGUCUGACACAUUGAUCAGUCAAGGAUUACGGACUUUAGAAUUAUGUGUUGAUAAUUUGCAACCAGAUUUUCUCUAUGAACAUAUACAACCAGUACGAGCAGAGUUAAUGCAAGCGUUAUGGAGAACACUAAGGAAUCCAGAUGCUGUUGCUCAUGUUGCUUUUAGGGUUCUUGGAAAGUUUGGAGGUGGAAAUCGCAAGAUGAUGAUCGAACCUCAACGUUUGAAUUAUAAGGAGUUAGAAGGGAAAGGUUGUGCAAUCCAAGUGCUCUUUGCAGAUUAUCAAAAACCAAUUGAUUUUGCAUUGGACAAGAUUAUUGAAAUAUCCUUCACAGCUUUAAAAUCGAGUGCCACUAAGCCAUACUAUCGCCAGCAAUGCUGGGAAGUUGUGAGAUGUUAUUUGGCUGCAUGCAUAGGUUCAGCUGAUAACUACAAUUCAUUAAUUGCUCUUUUUAAGCAUCCUAGCUUCCAAGAUAAGCAGAUUCCACAAACAAAUAUUGGCAUGAACCGUCAUUUGGCUGAUGGACACGAUGAGAUUGCGCGCAAAACUCAUCAAACGGCUCUCACAAGUAUGUUUGUGGCAGCAGCUAUAAAAGAACUGCGUCAUUCAGUAUUGAAUACUAUGAUAUGUCUAGUACGUCAUUACACAAUGAUUGCAGUAGCUCAACAGGCCGGUCCUUUACCACAGAAUUUAAAAUCACGUCUUCCUGCUUGUACAUUAGAUCCAUUUGUACUGAUUGAUGCGUUGGCAGUCAUAAUGGGACAUGAAGAAAAGGAGUUAUGCAAGCCAGGACAUGUAGCAUUGGUUCUAAUUGAACAAACUGCCACUACAAUAUUGGGAUCUUCAGCGAGGGCUUGUCAUUUGCCUUUAAUGGAAUAUCUGGCAGAAAAGAUGGUAGCACUAUGUUAUGAGCGGGCUUGGUAUGCUAAGCUAGGAGGUUGUAUUGCCAUUAAAUUUUUUGUUGAUAAAAUGGCUUUACAUUGGAUUUUUUCGCACAUGCUCGUAUUCCUAAAAGCAUUUAUGUUUGUGUUCAUGGAUCUAACAGGAGAGGUUUCUAGUGGUGCUAUUGACAUGGCCAAAUCCAACUUAGAUAAUAUGUUGCGAGUGUGUAACGUAAAAUUGGAAAAUGCCUCUCUUAUUCAAAUCCAAGAAAAAGCUCUAUUUGAAGUUAUCAGCGAACUCGUGCGCCAGAUUACAAGUCCGCAUACGAUUGUUAGAGAAGAGGCAAUGCAGUCAUUACGCCUAAUAGCGGAAUUGCAAGGGUGUAGUGUAACAGAUGUAAUGAUGCCACAUCGCGAAAUCUUAGUUGAUGUCAUACCACCCAGGAAGCUUAGACUUAGACUACGGCAUCAACCUACAAAUGCUCAAAUUGGUUUAAUGGAUGGCAAUACGUUCUGUACUACUUUAAAUCCAAGAUUAUUUACCAUAGAUUUGACAAUCAAAGAACACAUGAGUUUUAUUUGUGAGUUGCUUGCUCUAUGCAAGGAUGAUACAAUAGGAAAUCUGCCUUGUUAUAAAAAUGUACCGGACUUGAUUCCAAUACGAUGCUCCGCUCUUAAUGCUUUAGCGGCUUGCCAUUACAUUUCUAAUGAUGAAUACCGUGAAGAAAUUUUAGAGACACUCAUUGCAGCCCUUGAUAAACCUAAUUCGGAACUUCAGAAAACUGGCUUUAAUUGUAUUAAGCGAUUUAAAGAAAGUUAUGUGAUGGAAGAUAAACAGAUUUUUGAUAAAAUUAAGCCAUUGUUUAAACAACCAUUGGAUGAAAAUGUGAAAUUGUGCUCUUUUAAAAGAUUAGCUUAUUUAUCACAGCUGUUUCCGAACUUGUUCACUGACGAAGUAUGUAGAGAAUUGUUCCAACACAUGAAAAUCUUACUUGAAAUAUCUCAGGAAAAUUGCUCUGCAAGUUAUCCUCCUUAUGCAAAGAAUACGGAGCUUGAGCAGAAAAUAACUUUGUUAAUUGAAAUAUUUUGUCAUUCAACUGCUGGCACACCUACAUUCUUAGAGUUGCUUCACAUUCAUAAUAAUGUGAUGUUUGAACCAAGUUCUUCAUUCAGAACUCCUUUAAUAAGAUUUUUAUUGAGAACUUCAUCAAAUUUGAUUAAUUAUAUUUUGCAAAUAAAUUGCAUGGUUGAUCAACAGUGGACUAGAUUUUUGUUUGAUAUCUUGAAACAUAAGGAAGGCGGUCCUUUCCGCAAAGCUGUGCAAUCAGUCUGCGAAGAGAAACUAAUACAGUUAGUUAAGUGUGCAACAAAAGAAACUCAAUUCUCCGAGGUGCAGAUUUCAGAUCAAUAUGAAGUUCAACAUGUUUGUAUGAAAGUAAUCACCAUAUUAAUGAAGCAUGAUAAUGAAUGGAUAUCUACUCAAACUCAUUUAAUCGAUGCUAUUAAAUCAAUAUGGAAUAGUGAAGAAUAUCAAAUUCGAAUGACAGGAAAGAAAAAUUGUGAUGCAGAUUUGCUUCAUUGGAAAGAGCCUAAGUUGAUUGUAAAGAUUUUACUUAAAUACUUUUGUUAUCAUCCUGAUGAUAUUGAGUUGCUAUUUCAAUUACUCAUUGUGUUUGUGAAAAGGUUUAUACCUGACUUUCAAUUUUUACGAGACUUUCUGGAGAACACAGUAAGUACACAAUAUGACUAUCACUGGAAAAGAGCUGUGUUCUACAAAUAUGUUGACAUUCACAACAAUCCUGUAAUAUCUGAUGACUUGAAGGCAAAAGUAUUACAAAUGAUAAUUAUACCAUGUUUUUCUAAGAGCUUUGAAAAUGGUGAAGCUCAGCUAUUGAUUGGAACACCGCCAAAACCAUUCGAAGAUGUUUCAGCAAAUAUUGUCUCUGUUUUUAUUCAAAAAGUUAUUGAUCCUGACAACUUACUAGUAUCAGAUAGCAUUAGAAUAGCAUUACUUCAACUAGCUUGUUUAUUUGUUGAACAAGCAGCCGUGCACAUACAUGAUCCAGUUAAUAAGCAACAAGGUACUAAAUUGAGAAGAUUGAUGCAAUUUGCAUGGCCUUGUUUGCAAGCCAAAAACUGCGUUGACCCUACCACACGAUACAACGGUCACUUAUUAUUAAGUCAUAUAAUAUCAAAAUUUGCAAUUCAUAAACGAAUUGUGUUACAAGUAUUUCACAGUUUAUUAAAAGCCUAUGCGAUUGAAGCGAGAUCUGUUGUUCGACAAGCCCUGGAAAUUUUAACGCCUGCUAUGCCAGUAAGAAUGGAAGAGGGAAAUAGUAUGUUGACACAUUGGACCAAGAAGAUUAUAGUUGAUGAAGGUCAUAGCAUGCCCCAAUUAUUUCAUAUUUUGCAGUUAAUAGUUAGGCAUUACAAAGUAUAUUAUCCAGUGAGACAUCAUCUAAUUCAGCAUAUGAUUGGUUCAAUACAAAGACUUGGUUUUAGUCCAGCAGCAUCGUUGGAACAUCGUAAGCUUGCUGUUGAGCUAGCAGAAGUAGUUAUAAAAUGGGAUUUGCAACGAAUUCGAGAAGGUGAUUCAAAGAACGUUUCCAGUUCGAAUUCGUCGAAUAAGAGACCAGCCUCAGAUGACAGUGCUCCUGAUGCUAAAAGAUUGCUUACGGAUGGCGGUGCAACUACAGUUUCAUCUCGAUCACAGGCUGAUACAUGCAUGGCACUACCGCGAAAACACACAGAUGCCAUAUUGAACUUUCUUUUACGACUCGCAUGCCAGGUAAAUGAACCAUCUCCGCAAGUGAGUGGGAGCGCCGGAGCGAACAAUGGCGGAGGCACUGUGGCUUCAGCUUCAGGAAUUACUUCACCGGGUGAAUUAUUAUCUAGACGAUGCGUUGCUUUGAUAAGAACUGCUUUAAAACCUGAUGUUUGGCCACCAUUAGCUCCCUUGGAAUUACCAUGGCUAGAUAAAGUAUUAAGUUCUGUGGAGUUACCACUGGCAAAUUUAGGAAAUGUGUGUACAGGAUUGGAGUUAUUGACGCAUUUAUUCAAUGUUUCGCAAAGAGAUCACAUAUUAUUAACUAUUCAUCCACUUCAAAAGGGAUUGUGUGCAUGUAUUGCUUCCACUGACUCAAAGGUUAUUCGGCUUGUGCAUAGUUUGUUACUAAAACUCCUGUCAUCAUAUCCACCGGAGGGUACUGGAUCCCAGUUGGCAUCUCGUUACAGUGAACUUGAAACUAUAUACAGUACUAUAUAUAAAGUUGUUAACGAGGGACUAGAAUCAUAUGAAAAAAACAAAUCUUGUUUAACUAACUUGUAUGGUGCAUUUAUGUUAUUGAAGGCCGCAUGUGCAACUACGCCGUCAUACGUAGAUCGCCUCAUAACACAAUUUUUGAGAGUAUUGCAAAGAAUGACUGAUGAACAUUUAUGCCCUGACAAUAGUUCUUCAACCAUCACUGAUCUUUUGAUAUUGGGAUUAGAUCUCGUUAAAACUCGUAUGGUGGUGAUGGGUAUGGAAAUGAGGAAAACUUUCAUUGGCAAUGUACUUGUUAGUUUAAUUGAAAAAACACCAGAUAUAAAAAUUAUGAAAGCAAUUACCAAGAUAUUGGAAGAAUGGAUGAAGCAUAAAAAUCCCAUAACUUUAUCACAGGCACCAAGCUUACGAGAGAAAUCCAUCUUGCUUGUAAAAAUGAUGCAAUAUGUAGAAAAAAGGUUUCCUGACGAUGUAGAACUCAACUCACAAUUUUUAGAACUAAUAAAUUAUGUCUACAGAGAUGAAGAACUUAAGAGUACGGAGCUUCCAAUCAAGCUCGAACCUGCAUUUUUGUCUGGUUUAAGAUGCUCUCAACCCCAUAUUAGAGCAAAGUUUUUUGCAGUUUUUGAUCAAUCAAUUAGAAGAAGAUUGUAUGACAGAUUAUUAUAUAUAAUAUGCUCACAAUCUUGGGAUGCUAUGGGCUCUCAUUAUUGGAUUAAACAGUGUGUGGAACUAAUUUUAGCUACUACUGUACAUGGUCACCAAAUAAAGAUAUCAGACAAUGAAAAUUUGCUCCCAAGUAUUUGUUCCGUAAUUUUUAAUGCAAAUGCUGAGGAUAGAGCUCAAUAUGAUGAUUACUUAAAACAAAGACGUGAAAGUAAUAAGGACGACAAUUUCGUAUCAGGUGAGUCUACAGCAGAAGAAAUAGUAACAGAUUAUUCAUCUAAUGCAGAGGCAAAGACAGCCUUAGAGGCUUCGAAGUUAACUACCACUAAAAGCUCAAUAGAUGAUAUAAUAAAUCUUCAGGCCAAAUUCAUUCAGGAGGCAAGUGCAAUAAAAACUGAACAACUAUUAAUUGCAGCAUCUCAGCUUUGUCACACAGAUAUUAAUUUGGCUGAAAGUAUAUGGAUCGAUAUAUUUCCGAAGAUAUGGAGUAUAUUAGAAUGUAGUCAAAGAAAUACUUUAGUGGCUGAAAUUGUACCAUUCAUAUGUAGUGGAACACAUGUUGGACAAAAAGAUUGUCAGCCGAGUGGUAUAAACACAUUUGUUGAGGCAAUGUCGCAUUGCUAUCCACCAAUUGCUUUGAAACCGGCAGUUAUGAAAUAUUUGGGGAAAACUCAUAAUAUUUGGCAUCGAAUGACUCUAAAUCUGGAAGAAAUGUCAGUAGAUGAUAACAUCAAACAUAAAAUCAAAGAAGAAAAAUUAGAUUGUUAUGAAUUUCAAGCGGAUGAUACAUUGCAAACAGAUAUUUUAAAUUCUUUGAGUGAUAUGUAUUCUUUGCUGCAUGAGGAGGAUUUAUGGUCUGGAUUGUGGCAGAAGCAUGCUCGCUAUAAAGAAACAUCUAUAGCUAUUGCAUAUGAACAACAAGGAUUUUUUGAACAAGCUCAAGGAACUUAUGAGGUAGCUAUGUCGAGACACAUACAAGAUUGUGCUUCUGGGCCAAUGGUCCCAAAUAGUCUGCGAGAAGCACAACUUUGGGAACAGCAUUGGACCAGAUGCGCUAGAGAGUUGAAUCAAUGGGACCUGUUACUUAACUAUGGCAGAAGUAAAGCUGAAAAAAAUCCUUUUCUCAUCUUAGAGAGUGCUUGGCGAGUGCCUCAGUGGGAUCUUAUGAAGGAAGCUUUGGCUCAAUUGAGCGAGUAUAGCUGUCCAAAGGAGUCUAUAUGGCGUGUAAAUUUGUACCGAACCUACUUAGCGGUCUGCCAAACCGACGAGCCACCAGAUAAGAGACGAAACUGCCUCAAAAUGCUGGACCGAUAUGUUGAAGCUUGCGCUACCUUGUGCAUGCGUGAAUGGCGCCGGCUACCACGAGUAGUUUCUCAUGUGCAUUUGCCAUUAUUGCAGGCUGCGCAGCAGGUAAUGGAACUACAAGAAGCGGCUAAUAUUCACCAGGGUAUGUUGGGAGAUGGAGGUACACAAAAUGAUAUGAACGCAAUAGUUAAAACUUGGCGAAAUAGACUACCCGUGAUAGCAGACGAUAUGUCGCACUGGAGCGAUAUCUUUACCUGGCGUCAACAUCACUACCAAUACAUUGCGAGUCAUUAUGAACAAAAGAACGAGCCGAUGGAACGUACUGUUGGAAAUAGUGCUACAUCUCAAACCGCUGGAAAUAAACGCACUGGAAUGUUGGGUGUACAUGCUAGUGCUGAGACUCUCAUACACUUUGCAAAGAUUGCACGUAAACACAAUCUUCCUGAUGUUUGUUUAGAUUCAUUGUCUCGAAUCUAUACUAUACCGAGUGUACCUAUAGUCGACUGUUUUCAGAAAAUUAGGCAACAAGUAAAGUGUUAUCUUCAAAUGGCAUCUUAUAAUAGUAAAGCAGAAUUGCAGGGCGGGUUGGAAGUAAUUGAGUCUACACAACUCAAAUACUUUCAGACCACGGGAAAUGAAAUGAUUGCAGAACUGUAUUCAUUGAAAGGAAUGCUUCUUGCUCAAUUAGGGAGAUCUGAGGAUGCAAACAAAGCGUUCUCGUUUGCAAUAAGCACGCACGACAAACUAGUUAAGGCUUGGGCAUUGUGGGGUGAUUAUCUUGAAUCUGUAUAUUCCCGAGAUACACAAAAAAAUAUUACAAUUGGAGAAAGUGCAAUCACAUGCUAUUUACAUGCUUGUCGCAAUCAGAAUGAAUCUAAGUCUAGAAAAUAUUUAGCGAAGGUUUUGUGGAUGAUGGCCCAAGAUAAUAGCAAUGGUGUAUUAAUGGCGGCCGUUGAUAAAUAUGCAGGAAACAUUCCAUUAUUAUUAUGGCUGCCUUGGAUUCCACAACUGCUUGUUUUUCUUGUGCAAUAUAAUAAUACAGUUAUUAUGAAUUUAUUGACGCAGAUUGGCAGGAUGUUUCCACAAGCAGUGUAUUUUUUAACACGUACAAUGUACUUCACUCUAAAAAUAGAAGAGCGAGAAUGGCAUAAGUUAAACAAUCCCUCAACUCGCAGUCCUUCUACAGCUCAGCAGACACCAGUAAGCGAAGCGAUUAAAGUGUCUCCCACCACAUGGCGCUGCAUGCGAAUUAUGAACAUGCAAAAAGAAAUACAUCCAAUGGUACUUUCAUCCUUAGAGGGAAUUAUUGACCAGAUGGAUUGGUUCCGAGAGAAUGGUUAUGAAGAAGUCUUACGACAUUUACGCCAAGGACUUGCCAAGUGUCAUGCAGUAGCUUUUGAGAACCGUGCUGCUGUGGGUAAAGCUCGAAUCACGCCUCACACAGUAAAUUUCGUAGAAAAGCUUGCAGCAACAUUUGGAACUGGAAUUGAGCAUAUCUCAAGUUCAACUCAUGCAAAAUUCCCGACAGCAGCCUCAGAAUGUCUAGCUAGAAGAGCCGAAGCGACUAAACAAGAUCCCGUAUUUCAGAAGAUGAAAGAUCAGUUUAAAAAAGAUUUCGAUUUUAGUCAACCAAAUGCCAUGAGAUUACACAAUCUGAUUGGAAAAUUCAAGAAAUGGAUUAAAAUUUUAGAAGCCAAAACCAAAUUAUUGCCUAAGUCAUUUUUAAUAGAAGAGAAAUGCCGCUUUUUGUCCAACUUUUCAUUGAAGACAGCUGAAGUAGAGUUACCAGGAGAGUUUUUGUUACCAAGAAAUUCACACUAUUAUGUUCGGAUCGCGCGCUUCAUGCCACGUGUUGAAAUAGUUCAGAAACAUAAUGCUGCAGCUCGAAGACUUUUUAUUAGAGGACAUAAUGGAAAAAUUUACCCAUACCUGGUUGUGAAUUAUUUAUGUUUUGGUGAUACUAGAAGAGAGGAACGAGUACUACAAUUGCUAAGAAUGCUAAAUCAUUACCUCGGAAAACAAAAGGAGACUUCAAAAAGAUUUUUACAUUUCACUAUUCCGAAAGUUGUUGCUGUUUCACCACAGAUUCGUUUGGUAGAAGAUAAUCCUGCAUCGUUGUCACUACUAGAUAUAUACAAAAAAAGUUGUGCUACUACAUUGGCUAUUGAGCAUGAAGCACCAGUAGCACGAUAUUAUGAAAGAUUGGCAUCUGUUCAAGCAAGGGGUUCGCAAAUAUGCUAUGAAAUUCUUAGGGAUGUUUUUCAAGAAGUGCAAAAUUCCAUGGCUCCUAGAACUUUGCUGAAGCAUUGGGCUUUGAAAACAUUUCCAAAUGCUACGGAUUAUUGGUCUUUCCGAAAAAUGUUUACAUUACAAUUGGCGCUAUCCUGUUUUGCGGAGUACGUUCUUCAUCUGACCAGAUUGAACCCUGAUAUGAUGUACAUACAUCAAGAUUCUGGCUUAAUGAAUAUUGCUUAUUAUAAAUUUGAUAUUGACGAAACUAAUUGCGAACUUCUUAGUAACAGGCCAGUUCCAUUUAGACUAACACCAAAUGUUGUUGAAUUUGUUUCAAAUUUUGGAAUUACUGGACCACUGACUGCAUCCAUGAUAUCUGUAGCAAGAUGUUUGACUCAUCCUACAUUUAAGGUACAAACAAUUCUAACAAUAUUACGUGACGAAAUUAUAACAGCAUAUAAAAGACGUGAAGAAGAGAAAGCAACUGACAACUCUGUAAAUGAUUCAGAGCAAUACAUUAUUUUAACCGUUGGCGUAGUAAAAUCUAUAACAUCUCGACUAAAUAGCAUUGCAACUUAUGAAGGAAUUGAUAGUAAAGUCAGCACGCUUGUUACUGCUGCCACCAAUUUCAAUAAUCUGUGUCGUAUGGAUCCUGCUUGGCACCCAUGGUUAUAA